UGGCGGCGGUCAGCGGGGGCUGGGGCGAGUGCGGCUCCGCGGGAUCUUAAGGGCUGGCGGGUUCGGGGCAGAGGAGGCUGAGGAGCCCGACCUGAGCUUGGGGACACGGCGGCUGAGCCCGAGCUCGGGCGCCUUGGGCGGGGCAAUGGAGGAAGAAGAAGGAUCAGCACCAGAAUUACGUGAGAGAAAAAAGUCAAGCUUCCCUGAAAGUAAGCAAACAGCUCUACAAACUCUGCAAGAGAAAACUGUAGACAUUCCAACUGUGAGGAGAUCUUCCAAAUAUGCAUUAUUUCAGCGAAUUGCAAAGCUUUUCUUGGGCUGUCUUGCAGCAAUUACUAGUGGUAUGAUGUAUGCACUAUAUUUGUCAACAUACCAUGAACGAAGAUUCUGGUUUUCCAGCAGACAGGAGCUUGAACGGGAAAUCACAUUUCAGGGUGACAGUGCCAUUUAUUACUCCUUUUAUAAAGAAAUGUUAAAGGCUCCUUCAUUUGAAAGAGGUGUUUAUGAGCUCACACACAACAACAAAACUGUAUCACUGAAGACUAUGAAUGCAGUACAACAAAUGACUUUGUAUCCAGAACUGAUUGCCAGCGUACUGUAUCAAGCAACUGGUAGUGAAGAGGUUAUCGAGCCAGUAUAUUUCUACAUUGGUAUAGUUUUUGGAUUGCAGGGAAUUUAUGUGACUGCAUUAUUUGUAACAAGCUGGGUUAUGAGUGGAACUUGGCUAGCAGGAAUGCUUACUGUUGCAUGGUUCAUUAUUAAUAGGGUAGAUACAACAAGAAUCGAAUAUUCUAUUCCUUUAAGAGAAAACUGGGCACUACCAUAUUUUGCAUGUCAAGUUGCUGCUCUUACAGGCUAUUUGAAAAACAACAUAAAUACUUCUGUUGAGAGAUUUUGCUACUUGUUGGUGAGUGCUUCAACAUAUACUUUCAUGAUGAUGUGGGAAUACAGUCACUAUCUCCUAUUUCUUCAAGCAAUCUGUCUAUUCCUCCUGGACUCAUUUUCCCUCAUGCAAGCAGACAAGGUUCAUGAAGUGUAUAAAAUCUAUUUGUUGUCCCUCUUCCUGGGAUAUUUACUACAGUUUGAAAAUCCAGCUUUAUUGGUAUCUCCUUUAUUAAGUUUAGUAGCUUCCUUACUGCUUGCUAAAUGUCUACAGCUGAAUAUGAAAAAAGGAACUUGCAUAGCCAGAAUGGUGAAAGUGAUGUAUUUUUACUUGAUAUUUAUACUAACCGUGAUGCUGAAUAUUGUAAUGAAGAUGUUUGUUCCACACAAAGAAAAUGGGCACAUGUUAAAAUUCCUUGAAGCAAAAUUUGGACUAAAUAUGACUAAGAAUUUUACAAUGAAUUGGCUCCUUUGUCAAGAAUCCUUGCAGGCUCCAUCUCAGGACUUUUUUUUGAGAUUGACGCAGUCAUCCUUAUUGCCUUUCUAUAUUUUGGUUUUAAUUAUUUGCCUUUUUUCUGUGAUACAAGUUAUUUUUAGGAGAAUCAAUGGCAAACCUCUAAAAGAAAUACUUACUCUUGAAGAUGGUAGAAUUGGAGAAAGACCAGAAAUAGUUUAUCAUGUAAUUCAUACUAUUUUACUGGGUUCUCUUGCAAUGGUGUUAGAAGGCAUGAAAUACCUUUGGACUCCUUAUGUGUGCAUGCUGGCAGCAUUUGGUGUAUGUUCUCCUGAACUUUGGAUGACCCUUUUCAAGUGGCUUCGCUUGAAGGCUAUACACCCAAUAUUUUUGGCUCUCAUUCUGAGCAUGGCUGUACCUACCAUUAUAGGUUUUAGCUUAUGGAAAGAGUUUUUUCCAAGAAUAAUGACAGAACUUUCAGAACUACAGGAAUUCUAUGACCCAGACACGGUAGAACUUAUGACAUGGAUAAAAAGGCAGGCUCCAGUCGCAGCUGUGUUUGCAGGGAGUCCACAGUUGAUGGGUGUGAUUAAGUUAUGCACUGGAUGGAUGGUGACCAAUUUGCCUCUUUACAAUGAUGAAGAUCUUCUGAAGAGAAAUGAAAACAUCUAUCAAAUCUACUCAAAGAGGUCUGCUGAAGAUAUUUAUAAGAUACUUACGUCCUACAAAGCUAACUACUUGAUUGUAGAAGAUGCUAUCUGCAAUGAAGUGGGAACCAUGAGAGGGUGUAGGGUUAAAGACUUGUUGGAUAUUGCAAAUGGCCAUGUGGUUUGUGAAGAAGGUGACAGUUUUACCUACUCAAAAUAUGGACGAUUUUGCCAUGAGAUCAAAAUUAACUAUUCUCCAUAUGUGAAUUAUUUCACUAGAGUAUACUGGAACAGAUCUUACUUUGUAUAUAAAAUCAACACUGUGAUAUCCUUCCAGUCUUGAAAAAUAGCAAAGCCUUCCUUUCAAAGACAGUGUGACAUGAAGAAAAAUGGGACGCUAUUUUCCUACUUGUGUAUUCUUUUGCAGAUCAAAGUUUGGACCUUUGAAAUGUUUUUUUUUUUUCAUUCUUUUCCCCUUAAUUUGUUUCCAAACCCAGAAUUUUCUAGGUAAAAUAACAUCAAAACUUACAAUGUUGAUAAUGUAGCAAAUCUUCCAAUUUUUACUAUGCCAGUAACAUAACUUUUUUUUGCAUUGGUCAUUCUAUAUUUUACCUUCUAAAGUAUUAUCACAUCUUCCCUGUAGAUGUUUAUCUAAAUAAAAUAUAUUAGAACCC